CUAAGUGCUGUCAGAAUGACAAUAUACAACACGUCAUGCUUGUCUCUCUAUUGGUCUAUUGUAAACUCGAAUCGCGUAGUUGUCAAACAAGAUUCUAGAAACAAGAAAAUAGGUCAUUAUUUAAUUUAUUUUAAUAAAUCCAUGUAUUUGAGUGCAAUAAACAAUAUAAAAUGGAUACACUGAUCGAGGAAGAAGUGGAAGCACAACCAACUAUGGUGAAUCCAGUCACAUUUGUGCUGCAGUUCCUGGCGACGUACGGAUGGUUCCUGGUGGGCGCGGCGGCGGCGGCGCUCUACCUCUACCGGCGGCUGCGACCGCGCCUCGACGAGUGGCGGCAAGCACGAGAGGACGCUGAGUACCAUAAAGACCCUGACAAGGCGCUGGCGCGCAUGGAGGCGAUCCAGCGCGCGCGGGAGAAGCAGCAGCGCGACCUGCUGGAGGCGUCGCAGCGGGCGCUCGAACAGCAGAAGGAGCGCGAGGAGCGGAAGCGCGCGGAGGCGGCCGAGCGGCUGCAGAAGUACGGCGCCGCCAGCACCGCCAGCACCGCCGGCCAGCGGCUCGGCGACGGCCGCGACUACCUGCCGCUGAGUGGGGGUGCGUCCACGUCGUCGUACCGCCCCCCCAAGCGCUCCAAGUGCGGCGGCGGCGGCUGCGGGCGGUAGAGCUGCCACCUACCACCUGGCACCUACCACCUGCCACCACACUUAGUGGUUGCUACUUAACAUGUGUUUUUCUACUUAUUAGCACAAUUAGUACUUAAAUUUGUCACCUCAUAACUCCGUCAGUUGUAGACCAAUUUGGAAAAUUCUUUUUUUAUCUGAAUAUACAUACUUACAGAUUGGUUCUAUAGAAAUUUUAUCAAAAUCGGUUCAGCAGUUUAGUGUUGAAUCAAUAGUGAUUAAACACACAAAACAGUGAUCUGAAUAAUGUUAACACUAGAUACAGAUACAAACCAGCUGUUCCGAAGUGUAACGUUUAGAAAAAGUUAAUAGGUCUUUAAUGGGAAUGGGCAUUGAAUGUUAUAAUAACAUACCGAAGGAUAUUUUAGAUCUGCUUUUUAAUAAGUUUAAAACUGUUAUUAAAAAAAAAAAUACUUAUAGAAAAAGCCUAUUACACACUGAACGAUUACUUGAAUGACAAGCGUGCACGGUGUUAGUGGAUCAUGCGCGGGCUGCCAACGACCGUGUAAUAUUAGACAUGGUACAUUUAAAUAAAUACACAUAAUGUUAACAGAGAUUUAAAAGAGUAACUGUUGAGUUUCCCGCGGGCUCUUCACAACAGACACCUUCCGAAGCCUGCAGUAGAUUAGAAAAUGAUUUAAAAGUGCUUGUAAACAAAUAUAUUUGAAUAAAGACCUUUCUACUUUAAAUAUCACUAGUUUUGACAUAAUUCAUGUCGCUAUUAAUUUGUAAUCAAUACGUACAUCUGAAUAAUUAUAUGAUAGAAAUAAUUUUUAAUUUUAAUUUAAAAUCGACUUGAUGUGGGAAAUUUUUAAUGAAAUUACUGGCGACAUUGAGAAAAGUGUAUUUGGUUAUUGUUCCUAGGUUUAUAGUUUUUAUUAAAAAAAAAAGUGUCAUCCAAUUUGACGUUUGGCCAUUUAAGGUUGUCAUGUUUUAACACUUGAUUCUCUAUCUAUGCAUUCUAAGACAUCUGUACUAAGUAUGCACGCUUAUUGUGUGGACGGUAGAAAAACAUUGGCGCUGGAAUCUUACUAAUUCUGUUUAUAAUUUUAGAUAUCUCAAAUUUAUAUUAAUAAUUGUUAAUAUUCAAGUGUUUAAUUUAAACACGCAAAAUAAAAUAAAAUUAAUUUACAA